AAGCUGGAGGGUUCAAUUGCAAAGAUGAAGUACCCCUCAAUUUCCCCGUCUUUCGCCCAGACAAGUAUAUUAUAGGAAAAAGCAAACCGUUACAGAGACCAAAUCCAUUUUUAAUCAGAUUCUCUUCAAAUUUGAAUUCAUUUCUAGUUCCAGAUACCCAUUUCUGACUUCAAUUUUUUACAUAAAGUUAGCUGAAGAGCAAGUUUGAAGUUCAUCCUUAAAAUUGUUUCAGGUUUCUUAACAGCCAAGAGGAUUUCUCCUUAGUUGGUCAAGGAUGGCAUCAGUGUCAAAUGAUGGGUUAUCCAAUGGUAGCGUGAAGAAGCGGUUGUUGGAAAAUGGUUGUCACUCAUCAUACUUGAGCAUUAUACCAAAAUACAAAAUUCGAAAAGUCUCAGCAGUGCGAGAUUUUCCUCCAGGGUGUGGUAAAGUUUCUCCGAAAGUUGAGUUGAAUCAUGAACAAAAUGCUGUAGUGUCCACCAAUAUUGAAGAGAUGGCUAACGCUGUGUUGGUCGAUGGUGUUAAAGAGUCUGACUUUGAGAUCAAAUCACAGUCUGUUGAAGUUGUGGACUGUCUAGUUAACUUGGAAGAGCAACAAAAAUUGGAUAGGUUAGUAGGGGAAGUGGUAACGACAAACAUGAGUGCAAUAUCAAAUGGGGUGGGAGAAAAAAUAAGUGACGACAAAUCGCUUGGAUUUGAGUUGCCGAAAGAUCUCGAGAAAAGUGAAAUGGAGCUUGCCAAGGGAACAGAAGACAUCCAGAAUGAUACUUCAGUGAAGGAAGUUGAUGAGCAGAGUUUACAUUUGGUUGAAAAUGUUAGUGGUGGGCAUAAGACACCUGUGAGAGAAAUCGGCAUUGUGAUUGAUGAGCCAAGGCCUGUUAGUGAAGUCAAAAUGUUGUCGCCACCUCUGCAGCUAGUCAGUGUUAUGGAACAUAACUCCUCCUCGCCAAAGAAUAAGUACCGCAAAAGAAGAGUAUCCGCUCUUCGUGACUUCCCUCCAUUUUGUGGAACAAAUGCUCCUAAGCCAACUGAACAGAAUUGCUUUGGUGUUACUGAAGAAAGCAAGGAUGUGGCUGGGUUCGAUAAGGAAGUUAUAAAGAAUGAAGUAGUUGAGACAUUGACAGAUGUUACGGAGGAUGCUGAUUCUCUGAAAGAGAGGGACGUUUCUAUUCCCAAAGGUAGGGAGUUGAAAGAAAUACCGAUUGUUCACAGUGAAGAACAGGAAGGCGUCCAAUGUGAUAAUGAUGGAAGAAGUCAGGUGGAAAGAACUGUGGUUAUUAUGCCCGAGAUAAUGACGAAAAAGGAGAGUGAUGCAGGAGUUGUGGGGAAGGAGACUCUGGUAUAUUCGGAGGACGAAAAUGAAAAGACAAUUACUGUGUGUAGUGCUCUUGGUUCUGGAGAUGAAAAGCCGAUUACGGAGGGUGCUAAGCCAUAUUGUCCAGGGAAGCAAAAGAGUUUAGAUGACCCUGUGAUUGGAAAUGAAAUUGUUGUCUCACAGGUCAAAAGUGAUCUGACAAAGACUGCACCCAAUAGUUCUGGUUCUGGGCUUGAAAUAGUUAAGCCAAUUGUUCAAGGUCUAAUGGCCGAGCCAUACUGUCCAUGGAGGCAUGGAGAGAAAACUAGUUUAGAUUGUGGAAACCAAGUUGAGAAGGCUAAUCAGUCUAGGUGCAAGAAGGCCAAGGCUACUCCGUCUUGGCACAAGAAAGCCAAACAUGUCGCCAGAAAAAGUAAUCCUAGUGGUAAGAAAAAAUCAGCUUCUGUUGGUGAAGCUACUGAUGGACUUUCAAGUGCACUAGUUGUGUUCGACGACGAAGGACCUGGUUUACGGGCUUCCAGCAAUGAUGGACCUUGCGGUUUGAAUAGGGAAGCACUACAUGAAGAUUCUUCUGUUCGACAAGGUCAACGUGAAUUUGAUGUGGCCCUACCACCUUUUGGUCCAAACAGUUCCAGUCAUGGUGAUGCCCGUACUAAAGUUAGAGAGACUCUUCGUACGUUUCAGGCUGUCUGUAGAAAGCUCUUGCAAAGUGAAGAAUCAAAGUCAAAACCUGAAGAAGGAAAAUCGAAGCAGGGGCCAAACAGAAUUGAUCUUCAAGCAGCAAAAAUCAUCAAAGAAAAAGGAAAAGAAGUUAACACGGGUCAGCACAUACUGGGAGAAGUUCCUGGAGUUGAAGUGGGAGAUGAGUUCCAAUACAGGGUGGAACUUGCUAUUGUGGGGGUUCAUCGCCUAUAUCAGGCUGGUAUAGAUUACAUGAAGCAGGGAGGUACGCUGAUCGCGAUUAGUAUUGUUUCUUCAGGGGUCUAUGAUGACGGUCUGGAAGACGCUGAUGUGUUGAUUUAUUCUGGGCAAGGUGGAAAUGUGGUAGGUAAGGUCAAAACCCCCGAGGAUCAGAAGCUGGAAAGAGGUAAUUUAGCUUUGAAGAAUAGUAUAUCAGUAAAGAAUCCUGUUCGGGUGAUUCGUGGAUCUAAGGAGACCAAGACCUCUGAAUCUGUGGAUGGUAAAGGUAAGGUAGUGACGACAUAUGUUUAUGAUGGGUUGUACACUGUUGAGAAUUAUUGGACAGAACAAGGGCCAAAGGGUAAGAUGGUUUUUAUGUUUAAGUUGGUGAGAAUUCCUGGGCAACCAGAGCUUGCUUGGAAAGAAGUAAAGUCAUCAAAAAAGAACAAAGUGCGCCAUGGUGUUUGUGUCCACGACAUUACAGAAGGAAAGGAGACAUUCGCAAUAAGUGCUGUGAACACAAUUGAUGGUGAGAAACCUCCACUGUUCAAUUACAUCAAGAAGAUGAUAUAUCCUGACUGGUUCAAGCCUUCUCCUUUUAAAGGUUGUGAUUGUGUUGGUAGAUGUUCGGAUUCCAAGAAGUGCUCAUGUGCAGUUAAAAAUGGAGGAGAGAUCCCAUACAACCGUAACGGGGCUAUUGUUGAAGUGAAGCCUCUUGUAUAUGAAUGUGGUCCUCAUUGUAAGUGCCCCCCCUCUUGCUACAAUAGAGUUGGCCAACACGGUAUUAAAGUUCCACUUGAGAUCUUUAAGACAAAUUCAAGGGGCUGGGGUGUGAGAGCUUUAACAUCUAUUCCUUCAGGAACCUUUAUAUGUGAGUAUGCAGGAGAACUUCUUCAAGACAAGGAAGCUGAACGAAGAAUUGGUAAUGAUGAGUACCUUUUUGAUAUUGGGCAGAACUAUAGUGAUUGUUCCGUAAACUCUUCAGCAGAAUUAAAUGAGGUAGUAGAAGAAGGUGGUUAUACAAUUGACGCAGCUCAGUGUGGAAAUAUUGGGCGUUUUAUCAAUCACAGUUGUUCACCUAAUUUGUAUGCACAAAACGUUCUUUAUGAUCAUGAAGAUAAGAAAAUGCCUCAUAUCAUGCUUUUUGCAGCAGAUAACAUUCCUCCUUUGGCGGAGCUCAUGUACCAUUAUAAUUAUUCCGUGGAUCAGGUACAUGACUCUGAUGGCAAUAUCAAGGUGAAGAAAUGCUAUUGUGGAUCUUCAGAGUGUAGUGGUAGGAUGUACUAGGGGUUAGUAAAGCUUUCUUUCAAGUUGAGGUGAAAAAUUCCUCAUAUUUGAUGUAAGAAUUUCCGCUGCAUUUAUUCGUUCUCGUUGCUGUUAUGUCUUUUAGCUGCAUUUGCACUGAAUGAUAUACUAUGUGUUUUUCUCCUCAUACAUGAAUCAGGAUGCUUUAGUGUUUGUAUCUAUCUCUUCUUUUCCUAUAACUAAAUAAUAUCUGCUACUUUGUGGGUGUGUGCA